AUGAGUGAGAUAGCCGAGAUUGUGCGAGAAAUUGGUCGUCAACAAGCAGAAAACCUGUUUUACCGAAAAUGUUAUGCGAUAUUAAAAUCCCUGCAAGACGUUAUUUCGCAGGCUGCAGACGAUCUUGUCAAAGUUUAUGAGAGCUCCCUUCACAGGGAAUUCAACGAUCUCCGACAUGCGCAUCAAAUUGUGGAGGAAUUGCGUAUGUAUCUUGAUGAGAUACAUGAUCGGGAGAAAAAUGCACUUACAGCUUUGACGGAAUUUUAUGACAUUCGGAGCUGA